AUGCGGAUUUUCGUGGAGACUCUCGCCGGCAAGACGGUCCCCGUCAAGGUCAACCCAUCAGACACCAUCUACAUUGUCAAGGCCAAGAUCCAGGAUCAGCAGCGCCUCACCUUCAAUGGGGAGCAGCUGGACGACGGCCGCAAGCUGGCCGACUACGGCGUCCGUGACGGAUCCACCCUUGGCCUCCGCCUCCAUCCGCUCCAUGAGAAGAUGAAGAUCCAUGUGGUCGAGACGCUAACGGGCAGGGCCAUGAACCUUGCGGUGACGAGCUCAGAUACAGUAAACAAUGUCAAGGCCAAGAUUCACGAGUGGCAUGGCUUUCCCAAGGACCAGCAGUGCCUCAUCUUCGCCAACAGACAGCUCGACGAUGAAGGCAGCACCCUGGCGGACCUCAACAUCUGCAACAACACCACCCUCCUCCUCGUCCUCCACAGCCGGUGCCUGAGAGGGAGGAUGACCAUCUACGUGAAGACGUUAAGAGACAAAUUCUAUAAUCUUGAGGUGGAAAGCGCAGAUACGAUAUAUAAUGUCAAGGAGAAGAUCUGGGCUAAGGAAGGCAUUCCACCGGACCUGCAGCGCCUCAUAUUUGACCGCAAGUUAAUGGAGGAUGACCGUACCUUGGCAACGUACAAUAUUCAGAUGUAUGAAGUUCUCUAUUUAGGGCUCAACCUACGUGGAGGCGCGAAGAUUUUUGUAAGGACUCUCAUCGGCAAGACCAUCUCCCUCAAGGUCGAUUCAUCAGACACCACAUAUAUUGUCAACGCAUAG